GCGGCGGCGGCGGCGGCGGCCUCCUCGGCCUCGGGUUCUGGGGGCCCUCGAGAGGAGCCCGAGACUCCGAUCCUGGCUUGGGACGAGUCCCAGCUCCGCAGCUAUAGCUUUCGGACCCAGCCCAUCCCACGCCUGAGCCAGAGCGAUCCUCGGGCGGAGGAGCUCAUCGAGAGUGAGGAGCCUGUGGUAUUGACUGACACAAACUUAGUGUAUCCUGCCCUGAAAUGGGACCUGGAUUAUCUACAAGAGAAUAUUGGCAAUGGAGAUUUCUCAGUGUAUAGUGCCAGUACCCACAAAUUCCUGUACUAUGAUGAGAAAAAGAUGGCUAACUUCCAAACUUUUAAACCAAGGUCCAACAGGGAAGAGAUGAAAUUCCAUGAGUUUGUAGAGAAGCUACAGGACAUACAGCAACGGGGCAGUGAAGAGAGGUUGUAUCUGCAGCAGACUCUCAAUGACACAGUAGGCAGGAAGAUUGUCAUGGACUUCUUGGGUUUUAACUGGAACUGGAUUAAUAAACAGCAGGGAAAGCGUGGCUGGGGGCAGCUGACCUCCAACCUGCUGCUCAUUGGCAUGGAAGGAAAUGUGACACCUGCUCACUAUGAUGAACAACAAAACUUCUUUGCUCAAAUUAAGGGCUAUAAGCGAUGCAUCCUGUUUCCUCCAGAUCAGUUUGAGUGCCUCUAUCCUUACCCUGUGCACCAUCCCUGUGAUAGGCAGAGUCAGGUGGAUUUUGACAAUCCUGACUAUGAGAGGUUCCCAAACUUCCAGAAUGUGGUUGGCUAUGAGACGGUGGUUGGCCCUGGUGAUGUUCUUUACAUCCCUAUGUACUGGUGGCAUCACAUAGAAUCAUUACUGAAUGGGGGAACCACCAUCACUGUGAACUUCUGGUACAAGGGGGCACCUACCCCUAAGAGGAUUGAAUAUCCUCUCAAGGCUCAUCAAAAAGUGGCCAUAAUGAGAAACAUUGAGAAGAUGCUGGGAGAGGCCCUAGGGAACCCACAAGAGGUGGGCCCCUUGUUGAACACGAUGAUCAAGGGUCGAUACAACUAGCCUGCCUGGAGGUUGAGGCCUCCUUCUGGGUGACUGCCAUCCCUCCCAUCCCAUCCCAUCUCGUCGUCCGGUCCACGCUGCUUCGUUGAUGAGGACUGGAAGAUCCAGAGUGAUAGUAAUUGCACGCAGCACUUAACAGACUGGGUUCCUGCCCCAGCCUCCCAGGGCAGGAGUGUGAGGUCAGGUGGGGGCAGUUCAGCAACCCACCCUCCUCUGCUCCCAUCUUGAGUGAUUUCUUCCUUUUCCACUUCUGUUCCUACUCACCUUCCCUCUUUGCCCCCAAGUCCUGCAUUCAUUGUGGAGUUCCAGCUUGUGUCAUUGUGUGUGUGUGUGUGUCUGUCUGUCUUUCUUUGUGUCCUUUCUCCCAGGCCCCUGAGGCUGUGAUGGUGCUCUUGUCACUUGGCAUGAUGUCCUACAGUCUCACUGCCAUUGUCUGGGUAAGGAAAGGAGCCAAGUCUACCUGGAUCAUGUUGACAUCUUUGAAGGGAGUUUGUGGACCUGAUGACUAGUCUCCCAGGCUCCUGGAACUUCUGAGUUUUUCAGCCUUUCUUGUCCCCAUUCUGGCUAGAUAAUCUGCCUGUACAUCAACAGUCUAGUCUGAUUUUUGUACAGCAUGGGUGUAUCUUGGGUUCCACAAGAAGGAAGGAGCUGUCUAGCUUGUGUGUGUACAUCUUUGUCCCCAUACUGUGGCCAGGAUCUGCCUACCAACAUACUUCCACAAUCUGACUGCCAAGACUGUGCUACAGGAGAAGGAGCUUCCUGGCCUGUGUGUGACUCUUCUGUUGGCCACACUGUGGCUGAAGUCUGUCUAUCAACGCUUCACGUGCUGACUUGGUUCACUUCCACUGGGUACUACUGCAGGGAAGUUGCUGCCUGGCCCACCAUGAUGAUUUUUAAUUUGGUUUUUAACCUAUUUAUAUUGGUUGGGCCGUGCUGCAACAAGCUUGAGGUUUAUUAGAUAGAGCCUCUGGGGCUCAGGAAUCCCCUUUCUAGCCCCCUUCCUUUGGGAUUCAGUUUCCUGGCUUUCUUGCUCCAAGCCAACUGCUCAUCCCCACCGAUAGUGGGGUCAGUGAUGGGAGCAGUUGAAUGGGGCCUAAGAGGUAAACUGGGGCUGCUCCCUUGGCCCUCACUUGGGGAGAUGAGCCAGAGCCCUUGCCAUCACUCCUAGUUCUGAAUGUACAGAUGCUCCAAACCUCUGAAAAGCACCCCCCCCUCCCCAGUCAAAGUAGCUGCAGCCACCAGGGAUGGGCCUUUCUUUGGUCCUCUUGAGUGACUUGAGGACUGCCCUCCUGCAGGAAGUCUCCCUGGAAGGAGUGAGGGAGGUGGGAGGAAAUGUGUUUUAUUUUUUCUUUUUUUUGCCAAAGGUUUAACUUCAGUGUCUGAGCAGUGGUUCUUGUUCCCAGAAGCUCAGCUUAUAAUGCACUGAUAGACUAGUGUAUGUAGGGGAGGGGGUGUUUACUUUUGUAAAUUCCCUGUGCUUUCUAUGCCUGCCCUGGUGUUCUCUCUGAUGGGAACAGGGUGUGUGUGAGUGUGGAAGACAUGGCACCUUCUCUAGUGUAGUUCUUUCAAUAACAACCAGUGUUGGGAAAUGACCUGAGUGCUAUGAUCUGUGUUUCUUUUUGGUCUCCCACCUGACCUGAGGGUUUGUAGUGAGAAAAAGGGCAAGGAAAGCCAAGCCUGGUGGAUAAACUCAGUCUUUCUCUUAUACCCUCAGUAGUAAGUCAGUAGCAACCCAUGCCAGGCCUCUCACAAGCCCCAGGGCAGGAGGCACAAAUAACUGGUUGUCAGGGCUGCUCAGUUUGGAUUUGAGGAUCUAGCUGAAGGCAUUUUAUAAAAUGCAACUGGGUUGGGAUCUGAGUGUUAUCCUCUUCCCAUCUCCUGGCUGGCUCUGCUCUGUUCCCUUGACAUUGCCAGGCCACAUUGACUCCAGAGAGUUUGAAUCUGGGCAGAUCCCCUUUCCGUCUCUUCCCCCCCCCUUCCCUUGCUUAGACGAAACACAUGCUGUGGAUGCCCCUGUCUAAACUCCUUGAUUGACACAAAGCGGUCCUCUUCAUGGUGUCUGCUAACUGAUCAUAUAAGGAAAUGGAAUGUAUAGAGUAGAAUUCUUGGUCAGUGUAAAUGUCACUUGUUAGGCCAGCAGGUGGGAACUCUGGUGUCUCACCUUCCACCACAGAUACAAAAAAAGUUAUGAUUAAUUAUGCAAAGUCAAAUAUUUGUUGGGGGCUCUGGAUUGGGGGUGGGUGGCUCUUCGCAAAAAUAGAGCAGAUGCCCAGGACGCCUUGGGGAGAUGCAGCUUCCCCUACAAAUCAGAGCUCUAAAUUACAAGGUUUUUACCAACGGGAACAGUUGGGGAAAGUCGUCUGCUCAUUUGCGUAAUGGUUUCUGUCACUGGUGAUUAGACACAGGAUGAAGGAAAAGAAAUUUGACAAUUAGGAAUGAGCGAUCAUUAAUCUGAAUCUGUUAGGAGACAGAGGGGAAGGAUCUCAUCGAUAAGCAAGAGUGACCCAGGUGCAGGCCUUGCCCCCCUGUGCAAGUGCUAACAGUUAAUAUACCUCCAAAGUGUAAGCUGGGCCCUUGUACUUAAGAACGCAAAGGAGGUGGGCAAGGGUCCAACUCUAGUAUGAGGGAGAUAUUUAGGUUACGAUUCCUGAUACAUGUUUACAUAGAAGUCAGAUGAGAAAUAUGAAACAGACUAAGCACCUAGCUCUGUAGGUAGUGGUUAAGUCUUUUCCUAGAUUUCGGAAUGCAGCUCUCCUUCAACCCUUUGCAUCCUAUUUCCCCUUUAUUGCCACUCAAUUUGUGAUUGUUAGCAUGGCCACGUUAAGCAUGUUAUCUCUUCAGACUGGUACCAGGUCUCUUCACUGUACUCAAGGCCAUCUGUGAUCUGGUGAGAGUGUGUUCUCAGUGCUAUCAAUGAUAACUGGCUAGGAGGUAUAGACAUACCAUGAUUGGGAAUGAGUCAUAGGGCAUAAAACCUAAGAGUAUAUAAUUUGCCUCA